AUGUGCGAGUGCAUCCUUGCUGGCCUUGUUUCGAGCAAAGAGUACCCCCCAGACUCUAUCUACGUCUUUAACCGAACUGCCGCGACCGUGAAGCGGUUGUGUCAGCGGUAUGGGGUUCAGCCUGGUAAGGACGCGUUGGACGUGGCUAAGAAGUCGGAUAUCAUUAUGCUCGGCGUUAAGCCGUAUGCAGUUUUCUCAGUUGUGGAGAUGAUACGGGACGCCGUUACGGAAGACAAGAUUGUUCUCUCCGUUGCAGCGGCCAUUACGAUUGCAUUGAUAGAAAAGGCAUUGGUGCAUCGUCGAAAGGUUGUACGCGUGAUGCCGAAUGUUCCGGUGCGUGUGGGUGCCGGUGUCACAUCCGUCACACCAAACAACCUAAUGACCCCCGAGGAUACAGAGCUGAUUCUGAAAAUGUUCCGCACGGUGGGGAUGGCGGUGCAAGUGGAGGAGUCGCAGAUCCAUGCGGUAGGUGCCGUGGCCGGCUCAGCCCCCGCCUACGUUUUUAUGUUUAUGGAGGCGAUGGGUGACGCGGCCGUGCAAGGAGGACUGCCACGGGAUAAGGCAUACGCGUUUGCCGCUCAAACAGUAAUGGGAGCGGCGAAGAUGUUACAGGAAAGUGGGGGAGUGUCACCCGCACAGCUGAAAGACAUGGUGUGCUCGCCUGGUGGUACGACUAUCGAGGCGGUGAGGACUCUCGAGAAGGGGGGCAUGCGUUCUGCCGUCAUUGAAGCUAUGAUCGCGUGCGUUGGCCGCUCCAAAGAGCUGGAGGCCAAACUAAACUAG